AUGGGAGCAAGUAUUAACUUUAAAAUUUAGAUUUAUGUGAAAUGUUUCCUUUUAAUAGAUAAAACUCUCAAUUUAUUGAUAUUUUAGACACUGCUAGCUCAAAUUAUUAUUUUUUAAACCAAGGAGUUGAGCAAAUAAUAUACUUUAAUUCUCAGUAGUUUAUCAUUUAGCAGUCAAGCUUUGGUAAUGAUAAUUACCAAACACUUCUAGAUAUUUAUGAUAUUUUAUUAAAUAAAGACUACAAAGAUAAAUUUUAACCUUAUUAUGAAUCUUUAUACAAAAUAUUUCCAAUAAAUAGUUUAAGUGAGAACAUAAACCUUUAUGGAUUUCACUGGAAAUGUAAUUUGUUUAUUUUCAAGAAAGAGGUCAUCAUAGAAAUUAUUGAAUUGA